ACGGGGUCACAAAGAGUCGGACACGACUGAGCGACUAACACACAAGAGAGCAAGUUACAGUCUGAAGUGUAAAGGGGCGAUUCAAACCCAAAUCUGUAAGAUGCCAAGACUCAGGCCCCUUCCACCAUGUUCAACCUCAUGACCCACAGGCCACACCUGUCUAGCUCUCUAACAUGUUUUAUGUUUGGGCUGCAGUGGUUUGUUUUUUUUUUAUAUAAUAUAGGAACUGGUAUUUCGUGUAACGGUCCAGAUUCCCGGCUGACUUUGAAGUCUGAAGAGUUGGCCACACCGAGCCGGCAUUCCUGCCUAGUCAGAGUCAAGCAGUCAGCUGCGGUUGUGCUGCAGCUGUCUCCGUUUGAGGGGUCCGGUUCCCACACUCCCCACCGCUCCCUGUUGUCUCCCAUCUGGUCCAUAUUUACCGCACCUGUCUGAUUCUGUAGGCAUUUGAGCUGCUGCCCAGCGGCUACAGAUGAGGGAUCAGCUAGGUAAAAUGAGGUACCAGGCCUCCUGCCACCACUUCUUUUGCCUCUGAUGCAGGGUCCCAUCAUAGGGGCCUGGAGCCUCCCUGGUGACUCAGCUGCCCUCUGCCAUCUCUCAGGUGGCGGCGGGAAUCGUAAAGGCAAAAGCAAGAAAUGGCGGCAGAUGCUACAGUUCCCCCAUAUCAGCCAGUGUGAAGAGCUGCGGCUCAGCCUUGAGCGUGACUACCACAGCCUGUGUGAGCGGCAGCCCAUUGGGCGCCUGCUGUUUCGAGAGUUCUGCGCCACGAGGCCUGAGCUGACUCGCUGCAUUGCCUUCCUGGACGGGGUGGCUGAGUAUGAAGUGACCCCUGAUGAGAAGCGGAAGGCAUGUGGGCUGCGGCUCCUGCAGAAUUUUCUGAGCCACACGGUUGACCCACGAGUACCUGAGCGUGGCCCCUUUUGCCGACUACCUCGACAGCAUCUACUUCAACCGUUUUCUGCAGUGGAAGUGGCUGGAAAGCUAGUGUUUGCUUCCCAACCCCUUGUCCACAGGCAGCCAGUGACCAAAAACACCUUCAGGCAGUACCGAGUCCUGGGCAAAGGCGGCUUUGGGGAGGUAUGCGCCUGCCAGGUGCGGGCCACAGGCAAGAUGUAUGCCUGCAAGAAGCUGGAGAAGAAGCGGAUCAAGAAGCGGAAAGGGGAAGCCAUGGCACUCAACGAGAAGCAGAUCCUGGAGAAAGUGAACAGUAGGUUUGUAGUGAGCUUGGCCUACGCCUAUGAGACCAAGGACGCAUUGUGCCUGGUGCUGACGCUGAUGAACGGAGGCGACCUCAAGUUCCACAUCUACCACAUGGGCCAGGCUGGCUUCCCUGAGGCUCGGGCUGUCUUCUACGCAGCAGAGAUCUGCUGUGGCCUGGAGGACCUGCACCGGGAACGUAUUGUGUACAGGGACCUAAAGCCAGAGAACAUCCUACUAGAUGACCAUGGUCACAUCCGCAUCUCUGACCUGGGGCUGGCUGUGCACGUACCCGAAGGCCAGACAAUCAAAGGCCGUGUGGGCACCGUGGGCUACAUGGCCCCAGAGGUGGUAAAAAACGAACGGUACACCUUUAGCCCGGACUGGUGGGCACUUGGCUGCCUCCUGUAUGAGAUGAUCGCAGGCCAGUCACCCUUCCAGCAGAGAAAAAAGAAGAUCAAGCGGGAGGAAGUGGAGCGGCUAGUGAAGGAGGUGCCUGAGGAGUACUCCGAGCACUUCUCCCCACAGGCCCGCUCACUCUGCACCCAGCUCCUCUGCAAGGACCCCUCCGAACGCCUGGGGUGUGGUGGGGGCGGCGCACAAGAAGUGAAGGAGCACCCUCUCUUCAAGAAGCUGAACUUCAAGCGGCUGGGAGCUGGCAUGCUGGAACCACCCUUCAAGCCUGAUCCCCAGGCCAUUUACUGCAAAGAUGUUCUGGACAUUGAACAGUUCUCAACAGUUAAGGGUGUGGAGCUAGAGCCCACUGACCAGGACUUCUACCAGAAAUUUGCCACAGGCAGUGUGCCCAUCCCUUGGCAAAACGAGAUGGUAGAGACCGAGUGCUUCCAGGAGCUGAACGUCUUCGGGCUGGAUGGCUCGGUUCCCCCAGACCUAGACUGGAAGGGCCAGCCACCAGCACCCCCCAAAAAGGGACUGCUGCAGAGACUCUUCAGUCGCCAGAGGACUGCUGUGGAAACUGCAGCGACAGUGAGGAAGAGCUUCCCGCCCGCCUCGAGCUCCCCACCCGCCUCUAGCCCCCAGCCUGGGGCCCCCCCGGGCGGUUGGCGGUAGCAGCUACUGCGAACGCUGUUUACAGUUUUGCACAGUGGUCUUCCCCAUUGUCCACUCAAGUUGUGGCCUGGGAGACACAGCCGGAGCUGUCCCCAGUGCCCUCUGCCCCGGAGCCCCUGGUCUGGCUGAGUGGUCAAGGCCUGGGCUGUCCCCUGGGACAAAGGUGCGUCCCUUCAGCUCUUGUCUGUGGAGCUCGGGGCUUUCUGUAUUUAUGUCUUUGUAUGAAUGUAUAUAGCAACCAGAACAUUCUUAAGACUCACCCUGGAGCCGGCAGAGGGGCUGCUGCCGCACACUCCAGACACCUCAGGCCCGGCUUGGAUAGGCAAAGCUGGGCCAGGCCAGGCCCCUGGGCCCUCAGCACUGUGCUUGCCACCGCCGACCUCUGAGUGAGACUCGUGCCUGCCGCUGCUGCCCUGGGUUUAGGCCGCCGCCUCUGGGGCCCAAUACUGUCCAUUCUCAGCGCCUGUCAGAGGUGGAUCUGGGACCACUGGGUCCCCUAGGCCUGUGCCAAAGUGUGACCAGAGACUGGGCUGCCCCUGGGACCCCUCAGUCCACUGCCCAGGCUGUCCCAGACGGGUCUGCCUCUGCCUUCCGGCUCCCAGGACACCUCGUCCCCUGUGCUGGGCCCUGUCCUGGAGUCACCUCUUGCAGAACACCCCAGCCCAGGCCAUAGGAAGGGAAGGGGUGGGGGUGUCACUGACCAACCCUCAAACAUUCCAGACUCCCCUCGAAAGAGACACGUGCCCAGCAAUAAUCCGCCCCUCCCUUUGUGUGUGUGUGUGUGUGUGUGUGUGUGUGUGUGUGUGUGUGUGUGUGUGUAUGAAUGAGAGAGAGAGAGAGAAAGAAGGGGGCAGGCUGAGGCUGUGUGCCUGCAUCCCAACCCCAGCCCUUCCCAGACUGAUGGCCCUCUUGGUCCCAGUGUUAACGGUAGUGUGGGAUACAGGGCCCCAAUUUUUCCAUAUUUAAGGCCGAUUUUUAUUACUCAUUUUGUCCAAUGUAAGCUGCCACAUGUCUCUGUGAAUACAGUCCGAGCACAAACCUG